UGGUGACAUGAUGCAUUGGCUUCCCCGACUACGAACAAGGAACACAAAGCCACUGAAGGCGAUAGAGUCUGAGUCCGUGCGGCGUACAUCAGUCAGUUUGGCAGCCGAAGCAUUGGAAUGGCUCUUCUCAGUCUCUUCUAAUCCGAGUGUCCAAAGCAUAGUUGUACAGUCCAUUGGGGGCCUGCCAAUAGCGUCGGAUGAAAGGUUACUCGCACUUCAGGGAGAUAAUAGGGCCAUGGAUAACUUGCGACACUCUUUACUUUCGCACUGCAUCCGGGAUGCCGGAUGAUCACAUAUCAUUUCGUGAACCAAUCCCUGGCAUGGAACUUAGACUCGAACGUCUGCUACGCUUCCAUUUUCGCUUCACGAUACGGAAUUCCUUUGGUCCUUUCAAUAUUGAUUUGUCCGAGCUCAGUGUUGCAAUCAUAUCCAGCGGUUUGUUCGACACAGAGCACCUUCACCCAACCGACUUUUUCAUGGGCGUUAUUACCCGUUCUUUAAAGCUUCCACCACGUUGUUGGGCUCGGUUUACAAUGUCCAGCAAAAUGAAAGAUAUAUUCAAGCCCCUGGAACCUGAUACUGAUGAUCAUGCCAGGAUGAUGUUUGCACUUCAUCUCUCUUCUGCCAUCUUAUCCACGGUUGGCGGAUCAAGGAAAGGCCUAAUGCAGGACUUUGAUUCUCCAUUGGUUCUGGAUUUCAAGCAUGCGUUACCCUAUUUCCUCGACGAAAUCUAUGGCCGUGUCCUCCGCAUGUUUUCCAACUUUGUCAAAGAUCCAUCUUUGCAUGAGCCAUCAUUGCCUCAAUCUCUGAGGGUAGUUGUGGCAGCCAUGGAAUUCCUACUUCAUAGACUUUCUGUCUCGGAGUCUGAUAUGUCUUUCCAUGAGUCAUUAUCGACUGCAGCUCGCUGGAUCCGUUACCAGAAGUUCUCAUCCCAGGAAGCUAAAGCAGUCAUGACAGUGCUUGGGGAUAUCUUUGUGCCAUAUGUCAUUCCACAACGGGAUGAUGAUAUUGCGUUACAGUGGCAUAUAUUGUGCGAUGAUGCUAUCCUUGCCUAUGAAUCUUUGGCUACCACCUUCCCCUCCGCUUGCUCUUUACAUGACCUUCAGUUAAUGGCUCAUUAUAUGACAAUAAACUGGGACUAUGCAUGGAAUCAUUCCUACCGAUCUGACACUGCAUGCAAGGUGUUAGCUACUCUCCUCUCUGGGCAUAUUCCAGCUGCUUUCAGGGUGUUCCUUGACAAUCAAUGUCUGGAGUUUCUCGGAAACCACGCAUUCCAUAUAGCUUCAGUUUCGAUGGUUAGCGAGUAUGUGGCGGGAAUUUUUUCCAUGAAACAUGGAUCGGAUGGGGUGGUGGACGCAGCAACACUUCAGCUUCACAUGGACUAUCUCCAUAACCCACGUAAUCUUUUCACUGUAUGCUCUAUCCUGGCCACACGUGGCAUCAAGGAUACCGACGAGAUUUCUAUUCGCAGGGACAUCACGAUGCUGGUGCAGCUGCGUCAACGAGAUGCUGCCUGGGAUGAGUGCCGGAGGAAACUUCAUGAUUUGGCACAAAGUGAUGCUGGCGGAGACUUUUUCGGUAAACAGUGUAUUGAUUUCAGGCCACUGCAGGCCGAAGAAGUUCAAGUCGAAAAAGACAAUAUUGGAUAUGCGAUACAGGUGCUUGACGACCUUUUCAGUGGCAGAGUACGUACCAUGGUUACUUCUAAUUCAUCGUCGGCACAACAUAGAACCGGCCGCAUAGAUCGCUUUUUAGUAUCGCGUCUUGGUCGAAAGUCGGAAGCCAAGUCUGAACAAGCGCAGCAGGUUUAGCUUAAACUGGGUGUGUCGCGUUCGUCUGUAGCCCCCGGCAAGUCGCACCGUUAGGAAACCACGCGACUCUCACAAACGGUUCCUCUCCUCCAUUGAGACGGAGAAGGGCAAGUUAUGGGUGCAAGGAUUCGGCCUUUCCUACUGUCCGGUGCCUGUUCAUACCACGUUGCUUGUCAGGGUACGAAUGUCCAGUAUACCUUAUAUCGUGGUCCUUAGCUAGAAGUCGAGCCGUGACCGAUUAUUAGCUUAGAAAUUAGAGAGAGUCGGAACCAUACUCUUUAGAUGGAGAAGGCGAGUUCUGACUCCCGAGCAUAGGAAUUAGGAUAUCUGGGUGAGCCACUCAGCCACGCUCUCCCUUGCGAUCACUACCCCUGCACCCCUGAAACGCAAACCGGUGCCUGAUUUCAGAUUUCGGCAUCGCAAGCUAAGAGAGACGGAUGAUACGCUCGAUGUCCUGC